AUGAAUGGAAAAAUGUGGAAUAAUCUGUAUAACUUAACCCUGUUAAAGUCUUUUGGGAUGGAAUGCAGACCAGUUAAACAACUUAAAGUGGUGGAAUGCUUUUUUGAGAUACCAAUUCCAGGAUGUGUACUUAUUUGUUCUGAUGGGGCUUCUCAGGGCAACCCAGGAAUCUCCGGAUACGGGUUCAUGUGUAGAUAUGAUACUGGUGAAGUCUUAUGUGCUGAAACUGAAGGACUUGGAAUUACCAUAAAAUUUAUUUCUAAAGUGAUUGUUGUAAUUAAGGCAUUGGAAUGGGCAGUGGAGAAGGUUUGGUUAAAAUAUUUUGCGCAGUUUGAUUCGAAAGCCACCAUCAGUGUUUUUCAAUCGGGUUUUCUUCCUUGGAUUGUCCUUGCUCGAUGGUAUAAACUGAAAAAGAUCAUUGGAUCCCUGCAUUUCUGA